CUUGAGUUUCUUUAUCCUCUACCAGAACAAGGGCAAAAAAGAAGAAGGGCUGAAGAGCAGAUAACAACAAUUUAAGAGCACCCACACCGGCUUCCAUGGAAGUAAUAGGCCGGAAAACGAUAAACAUGAUGGGCGGAGAAGACCACCGGGGUCUCAACCUGAAAGCCACGGAGCUCUGCCUCGGCCUUCCCGGCGGAGGCGAAAGCGAGUCAAUGAAGGUCACCGGAAAAAGAGGCUUUUCUGAGACUGUUGACCUCAAACUCAACCUUCACCAUCAUCAAACUGCUAACAAUGGCUCUUCUUUGGAUCUCAAAGACAAGAUGAUGAAAUCUCCUCAGGAGACUACCAAGGAUCCUAUCAAGCCCCCUUCCAAGGCACAAGUGGUAGGGUGGCCGCCAGUGAGGAACUACAGGAAGAACGUAAUGGCACAGAAGAGUAGCGAGGAGGAGGCGGCGCUUGAGAAGAGCGGCGGAGGGGCGGUGGCGUUUGUGAAGGUGUGCAUGGACGGAGCGCCGUACCUUCGCAAGGUUGACUUGAAGAUGUAUGAGAGCUACCAACAGCUGUCUGAUUCUCUUGCCAAGAUGUUCAGCUCCUUCACUAUGGGUAAUUACGGGCCCCAAGGCAUGAUAGACUUCAUGAAUGAAGGGAAGCUGAUGGAUCUCCUGAACAGCUCAGAAUAUGUGCCCACCUAUGAAGAUAAGGAUGGUGACUGGAUGCUCGUGGGGGAUGUGCCAUGGGAGAUGUUUGUUAAUUCUUGCAAACGCUUGCGCAUAAUGAAAGGAUCAGAAGCAAUCGGACUUGCACCAAGAGCAAUGGAGAAGUGCAAGAGAAGGAGCUAAUGAACAAAGGCAUAAAUAUCACAUGGCCUGCAGUUCCAUUUCCUCCAAGUUGUGCAUGCAAUCAAGAAGCUAAGGAAGGGGUUCUUAUAUAUGUGAUGGUUGUUUGAUCUUUGUGUCUGUAAUUUUAUUUGAUUAUUACUAUAUAGUAUACUCAUACUAGCAUAUAUAUUAAGUUAAAACUUUUUUUUUGACAUUUGUAAUGGACAAGAAGCAAAUCCUUAAAUUAAACCCUAUUGUCUGGUUGUUACUACUAAUUAGUGGCUUGUUUCAUUUUCAUUAUUAUUGUCAUUAAUGUUAAGUUUUUGGGUUUUGUUUGUCUUUUUUUAUUAACUGUUGUGGUGUUGUACAAUUUUCUUUGUUGUCACAGUAGUUCUGAGUACAGUUUUAAUUCUUUGAAUCUAAUUAUUAAAUGCCAGUUUCUUUUUCUUCCCCA